AUGGACGGUCGUGCUCCUCGCAUUAAAAACCGCGCGCCCGCCGCGAUCCAGAUCACUGCCGAGCAACUUCUUCGAGAGGCUCAAGAGCGACAAGAGAGUGCAUUUCGGGCACCCAAGCAACGAGUAGAAGAUUUUGAAGAACUUAAUGAAUAUCGAGGAAGGAAACGAAAGGAAUUCGAGGAACGUAUCAGGAGAACACGAGGGAGCAUAAAAGAAUGGUUACAAUACGCCAAUUGGGAGGCUUCACAAAACGAAUUUGCUCGCUCUCGCUCGGUAUAUGAACGCGCACUGGAUGUCGAUCCCCGGAGCAUACAACUAUGGCUGAGCUACACAGAAAUGGAACUCAAAAACCGAAACGUGCAACAUUCCCGCAAUCUUUUCGAUCGAGCUGUGACACUACUUCCUCGAGUUGACCAGCUAUGGUACAAAUACGUCUAUCUCGAAGAAUUGUUGCAGAAUGUAGCUGGUGCGCGGCAGGUGUUUGAGCGGUGGAUGAAAUGGGAGCCUGAUGACAAGGCGUGGCAGGCGUUCAUCAAAAUGGAAGAGCGGUAUGGGGAGCUGGACAGAGCAAGCACUAUAUACGAGAGGUGGGUUGCUGUGCGUCCAGAACCGAGGGUAUGGGUCAAGUGGGGAAAAUUUGAAGAAGAGAGGCAGAGACUGGACAAGGCGCGGGAAGUGUUCCAGACUGCGUUGGACUUCUUUGGUGAUGACGAGGAGCAGGUGGAGAAAGCACAAGCUGUGUUCAGUGCGUUUGCUAAAAUGGAAACACGCUUGAAAGAGUUUGAGCGUGCAAGAGUUAUUUACAAAUUUGCCUUGGCCCGUAUACCUCGAUCCAAAUCUGCCGGGUUGUAUGCAUCAUAUACCAAAUUCGAAAAACAAUUCGGUACUCGGACGACGCUAGAGUCAACUGUCUUGGGAAAGCGGAGAAUACAAUACGAGGAAGAACUUUCACAUGACGGUAGAAACUAUGAUGUGUGGUUUGACUAUGCGCGAUUGGAAGAGGGAGCUUUCAGGGAUCUUCGAGGUGAGGGCGCCACAACGGACGAAGAGGAAACUGCAAUGGGACGUGUCAGGGAGGUCUACGAGCGGGCUGUAGCACAGGUGCCUCCUGGAGGAGAAAAACGACAUUGGAGGAGAUAUAUCUAUCUGUGGUUAGACUAUGCUCUUUUCGAGGAGAUCGAGACUAAGGAUUAUGCUCGUGCUCGCCAAAUUUAUCAAACCGCAAUAAGUCUCGUUCCUCAUAAAAUAUUCACCUUCGCCAAGCUCUGGAUUAUGUUCGCCAAGUUCGAGAUAAGAAGACUGGAUCUUCCCGCGGCUCGGAAGAUAAUGGGCACGGCGAUUGGCAUGUGCCCUAAAGAGAAGUUGUUCAAAGGCUAUAUCGAACUUGAGACCGAUCUCCGGGAGUUUGACCGCGUUAGGAAACUCUAUGAGAAGUACCUGGAGUUUGACCCCGCCAACUCUUCUGCAUGGAUCAGAUACGCCGAGAUUGAAUCACAACUUGAAGACUUUGCCCGUACUCGUGCGAUUUUCGAGCUUGGAAUCUCACAGUCGCCUCUGUCGAUGCCAGAACUACUCUGGAAGGCGUACGUUGAUUUCGAGAUUGAAGAAGGGGAACGGGAAACAGCCCGAUCAUUAUAUGAACGACUCAUCUCUCUCAGUGGACACGUCAAGGUCUGGAUAUCAUAUGCCUUGUUCGAGGCGGAGCCAAUUGCACUUCCUCGAGCUAUGCGGGAAGAUGAUGAAGAGGACGAGGAUGUUGAACAGAAGAUGGUUCCUGGGGACCCCGACCGCGCCAGACAGGUGUUCGAUCGAGCGUACAAGGAAAUGAAGAGCAAGGGAUUGAAGGAUGAGCGCGUUGCUCUUCUCGAAGUUUGGAAGACGUUCGAGGAGACUCAUGGUACUGCAGACGACGUGGCCAAAGUCCAGGGUAUGAUGCCGAUCGUCAGCAAGAAGAGGCACGUAGACCAAGAAACCGGCCAAAUGGUCGAAGAUUGGGAACUCGUAUUUGCUGACGAUGAGCGAGAAAACAACCCGACUUCUUUCAAGUUCCUUCAAAUGGCUCACGCCUGGAAAACCAAUCAAAACAAGGGUGGGAAUGACGCCAAACCAAUCUCUUUCGCUCCAGCAUCUAACCGUAAGGAUGAUGAUGCUACCAGCGACAUGGCUAGUUCAGACGGAGAACAUUGAUCUAUGCUAUCAUUAAUGCUAAUGUAUUGUUAAAUUCAGUAUUGUUGUAUUCAGUAUCUGUUCUUAUUAUUGCACUCCUGCUUUGCG